CCUCCCAGCACGCUGGUCAGCUCCUCUCCCGCGCGCCGACAGCCCCGCCCACGCGGAGCCAGUAGUCACGAGUCUGGGGGCGUGGCGUCGUCAAGGGGGCGGAGCCAACCCUGAGCUCCGCAGCGCGCAUGGGUGGAGUCGGGUGCGCGGGGGGCCGACCCGCUAUAUCUGCGCCUGCGCGGCCCGGACUGCCGGGCCAGUCGGGACGGAGGAGACAAGAUGGCGCUGCGGGCGAUGCGGGGAAUCGUGAACGGGGCCGCACCCGAGCUACCGGUGCCCACCAGUGGGCCGGUGGCGGGAGCUCGGGAGCAGGUGAUGGCGGCGAGCCGGAACUACCUCUCCCAGCCUCGCCUCACAUACAAGACAGUGUCAGGAGUGAAUGGUCCACUAGUCAUCUUAGAUCAUGUGAAGUUUCCCAGAUACGCUGAAAUUGUUCACUUGACAUUACCAGAUGGCACAAAGAGAAGCGGGCAAGUUCUAGAAGUUAGUGGUUCCAAAGCAGUAGUUCAGGUAUUUGAAGGUACUUCAGGUAUAGAUGCCAAGAAAACAUCUUGUGAGUUUACUGGGGAUAUUCUCCGAACUCCGGUGUCUGAGGAUAUGCUUGGCCGAGUGUUCAAUGGAUCAGGAAAGCCCAUUGACAGAGGUCCCGUGGUGCUAGCUGAAGACUUCCUUGAUAUCAUGGGUCAGCCAAUCAAUCCUCAGUGUCGGAUUUAUCCAGAGGAGAUGAUUCAGACUGGCAUUUCUGCCAUUGAUGGCAUGAACAGUAUUGCUAGAGGGCAGAAAAUUCCUAUCUUCUCUGCUGCAGGGUUACCACACAAUGAGAUUGCAGCUCAAAUCUGCCGCCAGGCAGGUUUGGUAAAGAAAUCCAAAGAUGUGAUGGAUUAUAGCGAGGAAAAUUUUGCAAUUGUAUUUGCUGCUAUGGGUGUAAACAUGGAAACUGCCCGGUUCUUCAAAUCUGACUUUGAGGAAAAUGGCUCAAUGGACAACGUCUGCCUCUUUUUGAACCUGGCUAAUGACCCAACUAUCGAGCGCAUUAUCACUCCUCGCCUGGCUCUGACCACAGCGGAGUUUCUUGCUUACCAAUGUGAGAAACAUGUACUGGUUAUCCUGACGGACAUGAGCUCUUACGCUGAAGCACUUCGAGAGGUUUCAGCAGCCAGAGAAGAGGUCCCCGGUCGACGAGGUUUCCCAGGCUACAUGUAUACAGAUUUAGCCACGAUAUAUGAACGUGCUGGCCGAGUGGAAGGGAGAAAUGGCUCUAUCACUCAGAUCCCCAUUCUCACCAUGCCCAAUGAUGAUAUCACUCACCCCAUCCCUGACCUGACAGGGUAUAUUACUGAGGGGCAGAUCUACGUGGACAGACAGCUGCACAACAGACAGAUUUACCCUCCUAUUAAUGUGCUGCCCUCGCUCUCACGGUUAAUGAAGUCUGCUAUUGGAGAAGGAAUGACCAGAAAGGACCAUGCCGAUGUGUCUAACCAGCUGUAUGCGUGCUACGCCAUUGGCAAGGAUGUACAAGCCAUGAAAGCUGUAGUGGGAGAAGAAGCCCUUACCUCGGAUGAUCUUCUUUACUUGGAAUUUCUGCAGAAGUUUGAGAGAAACUUUAUUUCUCAGGGUCCUUAUGAAAACCGCACUGUCUUUGAGACUUUGGACGUUGGCUGGCAGCUGCUCCGAAUCUUCCCCAAGGAAAUGCUGAAGAGAAUCCCUCAGAGCACCCUGAGCGAGUUUUACCCUCGAGACUCCGCAAAGCACUAGCUGCUGCUGCUGCUGUGGUGGUGUGCGUGGCCUCUUGUGAUGUACUGGGUCUGUUUUCCUGGUUCUUUUUGCACUCCUCCAUGCCCACCUCAGUGUGGGGAGUUUACCUGUUGCCCUGUAAUUAAACAUGAAGACUAGGUAA